AUGUAAGAAGGUUGAAUCUAUUUGAUGUCUGAUUGAGGCUGCUAGUGGUCGUGUUACGUCGUGCUCGCGAUGGGGAGACUGAAAGGCAUUCCGACCGUGUUGUCAGCUGAACUUCUGCACGCCCUGUCUUCGAUGGGGCACGGAGAUGAAAUUGUGCUGGGAGACGCCAACUUCCCGUCAGCGUCCGUGGCCAAAGCCGCUGGUACUCGGGUCAUCCACUGCGAUGGUCACGACAUCCCAACCCUGCUGACAGCCAUUCUACAGCUCAUGCCGCUGGACAAGUACGGCGACUCGCCGGUGACUCUGAUGGCGGUGACUGACGCCGAUGUUAAACGAGGGGUGAAGACCCCAAUCUGGGGGACUUACCAGGAGAUAAUAAACAGAUCUGAAGGGCGUGAGGUACCGAUGAAGUCACUGGAGCGAUUUUCAUUCUACGAAAGAGCCAAGAACGCUUAUGCUGUUGUCAAUACUGGAGAAACGAAAAUAUACGCCAACAUUGUCCUGAAAAUGGGAAUCAUAGUCGAUUAAUUGACUGGACGAAGCCAAGGCUGAAAUGUAGCAGCAUUUUAGAAUAAAAAUGGGUGUAUUACAAGCAUGA